GCUGUCCUUGGCUUAAAUGAACAUCAAAGCACCUCUCUCUGCUGGAACAUAUAUCCCAGGCUGAUCUAAUCCUUUGUGAACUAACUUUCAGCAAAACGAAACAAAACAAAACUAUUUUUUCCACAAUCUGGUUCCUUUAAUCUGUAUGUUGCUCCCAUACGGAAAACCUUAAAUUGAAUGUUGAUAUUAUUCAUCUCUAAAUCGUCUGGAACGUGGAAGGGAAAGGAUCAGUUUUCACUGAAACCUCAGUGGGAGAGAUUAGCUGCAGUGCACAGAAAGUUGAAAGAUGUAGAACCACUCCUAAAACGUGCAAGAAAACACUCAGCUUUGCCUUUUUUAAGCCCACCUGGGGAAAAUGAAACUUCUUCCUUCAUUGACGGAGGUCUCGAAAUGGGUACGUUCAGCCUAAGUCCUUGGUGCUAACUGGCCAGCGUUCCCUGAAAGCCCAGCAACGUUUCCGUUUUGCCUUACUUUGGACCCUACGUUGUAUUUCGGCAGCUGAGGCGGCAGAACCUGGACGAGAAAGAUGGUCACCGUAAGGAAAAGGAACGUGAAAAUGUUUACGUUCGCCUUUUUGCUCAUCACAAUAACGUCAUUUCUGCUCAACUACAAGCACCAGGUGACCAUGACCACCUGGGACCUUAAGCACAUCAUCAUGCAGUUUUCUGAACAAUUCAGAAAACUCAUCAAAUACCCCAGGAGACCAUGCAGCUGUACCACGUGUGUUUCAGAGCGAGGACGUUCCCUCUGGUUUGAUCAGAGAUUUAAUCAAACUAUGCAACCUUUCCUAACCUCACGGGAUGCCUUGAUCCCAGAAGACAGCUACAGGUGGUGGCUGAAAUUACAAGGAGAGAAAAGUCCUAAGAAUAUCAAUGAUACUCUCAAGGAACUGUUUGGGAUCAUUCCUGGGGAUGGAGAUCCACUGCAAGAACGAGGCAUUUUCACAUGUAGACGGUGUGCCGUCGUGGGAAACUCCGGGAACCUUCGUCAAUCUCAGUAUGGCCACGAUAUUGACUCCCAUGACUUUGUGCUCAGAAUGAAUCGUGCCCCCACUGCUGGCUUUGAGUCAGAUGUUGGCAGCAAGACCACUCACCACUUUGUUUACCCCGAAAGCUACAAAGAGUUGGCAGAAAAUGUGAGCAUGAUCAUGAUACCUUUCAAAACCCUGGACCUGCGCUGGAUUGUCACUGCUCUCACCACAGGCACCAUCAACUUCACCUACGUUCCAGUUCCAAGAAAAAUCAAAGUCAAAAAAGAAAAGAUCCUGAUUUAUAACCCAGCUUUUAUCAAGUAUGUCUAUGAAAACUGGCUCCAGAAUCAUGGGAGAUACCCCUCCACAGGCCUUCUGUCACUGAUAUUUGCACUCCAUGUGUGCGAUGAGGUGAAUGUGUAUGGUUUUGGAGCAGACAGCAGGGGACACUGGCAUCACUACUGGGAAAACAACCUUUCAGCAGGGGCUUUCCGGCAGACAGGUGUCCAUGAUGGGGAUUUUGAGUUCAAUAUAACUUUGACUCUUGCCUCCAUUGAAAAAAUUAAUUUUUUCAAGGGCAGAUGACCCUUGCCACGGGGUGAAGUGGGGGCUGCAAUUUCCAGCAUGCAGCAGAAUGCAAUUUAGUGAAGAUGAUCUGGAAGCCAGUCAGAUUUGAGUGUCUGAAUCUGUGGUGGAUUUGGCGUGUCUCACUGCUGCAGUGAUCACUGCAUGGAGCUCGUCCGAAGACCAGGUUCCCAGCUGCACUUGAUUUCCUUCUACAAAUAGCUGGGACCUACCAAUCAGUUCUGGGGAUAAAUGAUAUGCUGAAUCACUGCUUAGGCUCUACGGCUUAAUUCCUGAAUUACUGAUGAAAAAUCUUCCUGUUGCAAUUAAGGGAAACCUGGACACGGGAACUGCUAUUUGUGUGUCCAUUCUUUCCUUGAGUAAGGCAGGAAAUCCUUGAAGAAAAGUGAAAACAACUUCUGGGAUUUGACACCCACUAGGGUAGCUGUGAACAUCAUAGUAAGGAUUACCUCAAAAAAAUGAAUUCACUUCUGCUGUUAGUCUUCUUUUUGAACCAUCUCUUCAGUUUCCUCUAUUACUUCUGGGUUUAUAUUAUAUUAAGCAAAAAUGUGAUGAAGUUGCCUGCAGUAAUAACUAUUUCCGCCAAUGCCUCAGUCUGCAUUGAUAGCAUCUAAAAAUGAUAUGAAUCAAAUCAUCUCUGAUCGUGCAUUAUUUAAUAUUGCUUCCUAUACAGCCAUAAUGAGAGGAGAAAACAAUACUGAAAACUCCAGCAAAAAAUGGCCUUUUUAGCUACUUGAUUGUUUGUCUUCUUUGGCUAUAUAUAUUUUUUAAAUUCUUUUUUUGGGGUGGAAAAUACUCUGGAGUGCUGAUUUUUAUUUAAUCAAUCCAGUUUAAGGUUGGGAAGUGGACUGUUUUUCUUUCAGUCAUUUACAUGUGCCUUUUAUAAUUGUGCAACAGAUGUACUUUUUUUUUUUUUUAAGAUAACGAACCCUAAUUAAACUUUUUUAUAAAAGGGGAGAAAAUUUACCAAAGUUUAGCCUCCAUGUGGUAUAUUUUGUAGUUAAAACUAAUAAUAAUAGCUCUUAUAUUGUACUUGAACAAAUGCAAAUAAGGCAAAUUUUUAAAGGUAGCUUGUACCUUUUUUAUGGGAAAAUACCCAAAAGUUCCAAGGAAAUUUUUCCUCUUAUUUUUUUAUAAAUUUGGAAAGUAGUAUCUCUUUACAAGACAUGAGAUGAGAUUUGAAAUGGAAGAAGAAAUAUCAUGGGUGGCAAUAUAGUAAUAGAUAGUAAUAUAAUAGGAAGUCUUAGCACUGUAGCAGCAUCCACAAGGACAUGCUCUACACACGCUGGUUGUAUAGUGUAGGCCAGAGUUCUAAAUUAUGUGCAUCUCUGGAGGAAUCAGUAUAUUAAUGUCAGUACUUGCAGGCAGUGAGAGGAGGGAAGUGACAAUGGAGAUUUUAGAUCCACAGAUUUUUGCUAGAAUUUGAUCCUCAAGGUUAUAUGAAGUAUGGCUCCAAGAACAAAGUUCAGGUGAUGGACGAUGGGGAACUGCUUCCUAGUAUUUUGAGAAUAGGAUUCAUGGAUUAUUGACCUAUUUCCAGCUGGAGUCGACCUAUUUCCGGCCUCAGUGCCCCUUGCCAGCAGUUGCUCUACCCACAUGAGUAUUUCUACAGGACUCACAGCAUAUGAAGAGCCAAGGAUGCCAAACUUCUGAACGGGGAACUGAGCUCCCGCACUGCACACACGUAACCCUUCAGUUUAGCAAUAUGGAAAGGGCAGGAUUCUCCAGCUUUCGUGCUGAGACUCGUUCAUGAUCCUUAUGUCAAGAAACCCUUUCCUAGCAUGGUGGGUAACAGAACUAUUCACUUGUAUGUUGCAGGAGGAGAAAAUUCAACAAACCUAGUAUCUGCUAAACACCUUUUGUAAAAGAAUGACAAUUUUCUACCUGAAUCAUGUUUGUUUGUUUUAAACGUUCUCAGUGUUGAAAUUACUGUAAAUCAAUAUGUUUCUGGUGAGAAAAUAAUACAGAGAUUUCAAGCAAAACAGGUGUAUUAGGAGAAAUAAGACUCCAUGGAAGACUCCAAAAGUAUCUUCACUCUGUGGCUGGAUUUUGGAGCUACUUUCUGCAUCAUGAGCACUUAUAUAUUAAAUAUUUCAAUUUCUUUUCUAAUUGAGAGAUGUUGAUAAUUCAGAAACAUUUCAUUGCUGUUUCUGUCAUUGUUGGAAAGACUUGGGAGAGCAGUCAUAGUAGUUUGGUACCCAGUUCCUAUUGAUUUUUGAUCACAGAUGGACAUUUGAGAUCAAGGAAAACGAUCAAAGAUCAGCUAAAUUCUGAUUGUGUUGUUUCGAAAGUGUCCUUUUACCGUCCAAUUUUUCAAUUUUUCUCUGAAUAUUCUGCCUCUGACGGUGCAUAUGCAAUAUCUUGGCUCAUACUGUACUGGUCAGGUCUAGCGUCUUCAUCAUGGAACAAACUGCAAUUCCCAUUUAAUUUUCUUACUGGCUGCAAGCAGUAACUGUGUACCACUGAUACCAUUUUUCAGAGUACCAGAAGAGCAGAAAGUGGACCUGAUUCGAUAUGUAGGAUGAGGAACAGUCUACGCCAUUGCAUUUCUAUUCCAGAGGGACUUUUACUGGAGUCUUUUAGGCAACUGACUGUUGUAAUGUUAGAUCUUUUGUUACAGUAUCUCCGCAAUUUCUCUGCUCACUCAAAAGCCUUCAGAAUGAAGAGACACCAACAGACGAUGCUGGAGGAACAAUUCAUUCCCUCUGCCAGAGUUGAAGACUUUCUGCUAGGAACUCUGGUUUUAUGUUGCUUAAAAGAAAAACAAAGGAAAACACUUAACAACCUGCCAAGGCUUCAAACUCUUGAACUGUAUUCGCCACCACUGCAAAGUCUCUAAAGCACUCCUUGAGUGUAUUGUGUUUUUAACCAAAGCCAACUCUCUUGAGCACUUUUUUUCUUCCAUGACUAGAUUUUCUUCCUAUUUUUCUUUGAAUACAUGAUCAAUUAUGAUAAUCAUUUAUUUGCUCUGAUUGUGGGGAGUCUCACUCAGUCGUUCUUUGACAUUUUAUUUAUUUAA